GCAUACCCCCUAAGUUAGUUCCUGGGGCUGGGAGAUGAAGAAGACUGUCUUCACUGCCACUUCUUGCAUUCCAAUUUUGAUCCUCCCAUUCCUGAGUUCACUCUGCCAAUCCGAUGACCAGCUCACACAUGCAAAGCCGCUCUCUGCCGGCGACACGCUCAUCUCCAAGGGCGGGGACUUUGCGCUGGGCUUCUUCUCCCCAAACAGCUCCAGCACAAGCUUGUACCUUGGCAUAUGGUACCACAACAUCCCUGGCCACACCGUCAUAUGGACCGCCAACCGCGACAAUCCGAUCGCCGCCACUUCAUCUCCGAUGCUUGCCAUCACCAACAGUUCUGACCUGGUGUUGUCUGACUCCCAGGGUGGCUCUCCCUGGGCGGUGAAGAACAACAUCUCGAGCAUGGGAGUUGUCGCAGUGCUGCUUGACACGGGGAACUUUGUCCUCCAGUCUCCAAAUGGCACAUCCAUAUGGCAGAGUUUUGAUCACCCGACGGACACCAUUCUCCCCGGUACUAGGAUCUACCUGAGCCAGAAGGCUCGUGUUGUCCGGCGUCUAAUUGCUUGGAAGGGCCCCACUGACCCAUCCACUGGAGAUUUUUCUUUGGGCCUUGACCCAAACUCGAACCUUCAGUUAGUCAUCUGGCACCGGACUAUGCCCUACCUCCGCCUCAAUAUUCUCGAUGAUGCCUCAGUAGGUGGCGGCAUAUACAAGAACACUAUCUUCUAUGAAGCGAUUGCUGGAACAAGCAGGGACGGGUUCUAUUAUGAAUUCUCUGUUUCUGAUGGCUCACCGUAUGCACGCCUUAUGCUCGACCACAUGGGUGCGUUGAGGACUCUUAGCUGGAACAACCACUCAUCUUGGACAACCGUCUUCGAGCACCCCGCUAGCAGCUGCGACCUCUAUGGUUCAUGUGGCCCAUUCAGCUAUUGCGACAACACUGGGGCUGCCGCGACAUGCCGUUGUCUCGAUGGGUUUGAAUCCGCUGGUCUUAACAUUUCGAGAGGAUGUAGAAGAACCAAGCAACUGGAAUGCGGCAAGCAAAGUCAUUUCGUGACCUUGCCUAAGAUGAAGUUACCUGACAAGUUUUUACAUGUCCUCAACAGAAGCUUUCACGAAUGCACGACCGAGUGCAGCAACAAUUGCUCAUGUACAGCCUACGCCUGCACAAACUUGAGCAGUAACGGCGCUAUGGCCGACCAGUCAAGGUGCUUGCUUUGGACAGGGGAGCUUGUCGACACAGGGAAGUAUAGCAACUAUGACGACAACCUGCACCUUCGGCUUGCCAACUCUCCUGUUCGAAAGAAUAUCAAAUUGGUAAAAAUUGUACUCCCAACCAUGGCUUGCGUGUUGAUACUCGCAUGCCUCCUUGUCGGGAUAUUCAAAUAUAGAGCAAGCAAACGAAAGAAGAGGAAUAUCAACAACGGAUCAAUGCUAGGAUACCUUAGCUCCUCUAAUGAAAUUGGAGGUGAACAUCUGGACUUUUCUUUUGUUAGCUUCGAAGAUAUUGCCACUGCAACCGAUAAUUUCUCUGAAUCUAAACAAAUUGGAAGUGGAGGUUUCGGCAAAGUUUACAAGGGAAUCCUUCAAGGGGACAAUGAUGUUGCUAUCAAAAGACUUAGUAAGGGUUCUGGUCAAGGGAUAGAGGAGUUCAGAAAUGAGAUAAUUCUAAUUGCAAAAUUGCAGCACAAAAACCUUGUUAGACUUCUUGGUUGCUGUAUUUUUGGAGAUGAGAGGUUACUUAUCUAUGAAUACUUACCAAACAAAAGCUUGGACGCCUUCCUUUUUGAUGAUAGAAGACAAUAUGUGCUUGAUUGGCCUACACGCUUCCAAAUAAUUAAAGGAGUGGCCAGAGGUCUUCUUUACCUCCACCAAGAUUCAAGAUUAACUGUAAUUCACAGAGAUCUCAAACCAAGCAACAUCUUGUUGGAUUCUGAAAUGACUCCCAAAAUAUCAGAUUUCGGUAUGGCAAGGAUCUUUGGUGGAAACAAACAAGAAGCAAAAACUACCCGGGUUGUUGGGACAUAUGGUUACAUGUCGCCUGAAUAUGUUAUGGGAGGAGCCUUUUCUGUAAAAUCCGACACAUAUAGCUUCGGUGUUCUUCUCUUGGAGAUUGUAAGUGGCCUGAAGAUCACCUCACAGCAACUCGUAGUGAACUUUGUCAGCCUGACAACUUAUGCAUGGAGACUAUGGGAAGAUGGAAAAGCAACAGAACUGGUGCACUCUUCGUUUGCUGAAAGUUGUUCACUUCAUGAAGUUCUACGGUGUAUUCAAGUCGGUCUCCUCUGUGUUCAAGACCGUCCUGAUGAUAGGCCACUCAUGUCAUCAGUUACCUUUAUGUUAGAGAAUGACAGUGCAUUGCUCCCAACACCAAAGCAGCAUGCAUAUUUUGCUCUACAAAAUUUCGAAGCUGAAGAAUCAAGGGAAAACUCUGUGAAUACAGUGAGUAUCACAACACUAGAGGGGCGUUAGGUGUUAUAUAUGCAGAUUUGAAGUCAUAUACUUUAUGAUCUACAGGUAUUUCGAAUAUGAUUUCUGUUGGAAUUUUGCUAGUAGGCCUUUGGCCCAAAGCCCAACUAAAAUUCUGAAAUUCUCUUGGCCCAUUCAUGCACACAUGUGAGU